AGUCCCCACCCCCCAGCCAGGUCUCAUAGAGGGAAUUGUUCUUCAGGCUCGGAGGGGCCUGCCUGUCACCGCACCCCCGACCCUAGCUCAGGGGCUGCAGAACUCAAGAUACCAUCCCGUUUCUCCUGGCUGAGGAAGGGAAGGGAACAUCCACAUCUUCUGUACUCGUCCAUUCUGUGUCCCCAGGGCCUGGAGUAAAGACAUCUUCAAAUGCAGAGGCUCUUCAGAUUCAGCUUUCCUGGAAACUGAUCUUCAAUGCACUAAGAGAAGAAGACUCUCAAACCAAAAAUGACCUGGAGGCACCAUGUCAGGCUUCUGUUUAUGGUCAGUUUGGCAUUACAGAUCAUCAGUUUGGGAAACAGCUAUCAAAGAGAGAAACCUAACGGCGGUAGAGAGGAAGUCACCAAGGUUGCCACUCAGAAGCACCAACAGUCACCGCUCAACUGGACCUCCAGUCAUUUCGGAGAGGUGACUGGGAGCGCCGAGGGCUGGGGGCCGGAGGAGCCGCUCCCCUACUCCCGGACUUUGGGAGAGGGUGCGUCCGCGAGGCCGCGCUGCUGCCGGAACGGCGGUACCUGCGUGCUGGGCAGCUUCUGCGUGUGCCCGGCCCACUUCACCGGCCGCUACUGCGAGCAUGACCAGAGGCGCAGUGAAUGCGGCGCCCUGCAGCACGGAGCCUGGACCCUCCGCGGCUGCCACCUCUGCAGAUGCAUCUUCGGGGCCCUGCACUGCCUCCCCCUCCAGACGCCUGGACGCUGUGACCCGAAAGACUUCCUGGCCUCCCACGCUCACGGGCCGAGCGCCGGGGGCGCGCCCAGCCUGCUACUCUUGCUGCCCUGCGCGCUCCUGCACCGCCUCCUGCGCCCCGAUGCGCCAGCGCACCCUCGGUCCCUCGUCCCUUCCGUCCUCCAGCGGGAGCGGCGCCCCUGCAGAAGGCCGGGACUUGGGCAUCGCCUUUAAUUUUCUAUGUUGUAAAUAAUAGACGUGUUUAGUUUACCGUAAGCUGAAGCACUGGGUGAAUAUUUUUAUUGGGUAAUAAAUACUUUCAUGAAA